AACCACUUGAUGUAACAAAACCAGUUACAAAAGAUAUAUUUGACGAUGAAUUUUCUGACGAUGAGUUUGGUCUUCAUAAGGACAAGAUUCCUGAAAUGAAACCAAAACCACAAGAUUCAAAAGACGAUAUUUUGUCUAAACUACUCACUGAACCCAAACCGACAGAUAAGAUUGAUCAAAAGCCUUCUGCCAUUGUCAUUCCUAAACCACUUGAUAUAACAAAACCAGUUACAAAAGAUGUAUUUGACGAUGAAUCUUCUGACGAUGAGUUUGGUCUUCAUAAGGAAAAGAUUCCUGAAAUGAAACCAAAACCACAAGAUACAAAAGACGAUGUUUUACCCAAAACACUCACUGAACCCAAACCGACAGAUAAGAUUGAUCAAAAACCUUCUGACAUUGUCAUUCCAAAACCACUUGAUGUAACAAAACCAGUUACAAAAGAUGUAUUUGAUGAUGAAUCUUCUGACGAUGAGUUUGGUCUUCAUAAGGAAAAGAUUCCUGAACUGAAACCAAAACCACAAGAUACAAAGGACGACGUUUUGUCCAAACCACUCACUGAACCCAAACUGACAGAUAAGAUUGAUCAAAAACCUUCUGCCAUUGUCAUUCCAAAACCACUUGAUGUAACAAAACCAGUUACAAAAGAUGUAUUUGACGAUGAGUUUGGUCUUCAUAAAGACAAGAUUCCUGAAAUGAAACCAAAACCACAAGAUUCAAAAGACGAUAUUUUGUCGAAACCACUCACAGAAGUCAAACCGACAGAUAAGAUUGAUCACAAACCUUCUGACAUUGUUAUUCCAAAAUCACUUGAUGUAACAAAAUCGCUUGUUAAGAAUAUAGUUGAUAUAGAGUCUUUAAAAGUCAAGUCUUCAGGUGUGGAACUCAGGGUAGUGAGUGAACCUAGUAGUGACCUAGAUACUCAAACUUUAUCGGGUAAAGACAGCUCUUUUUCAAAUAUUCAGAAAACGCCAGGAGUGCUUUCUUACUUUGUGAAAUUUGAUCAGGCUAAAGUGGUGAAAAAUGGUAGGACUGAGGCUGACGUUAAGAAAGUUCUUGCUGAAAAACAGUUGCAACGUAAAAAGUUAGUUAAGAAAAAGAACCAGGAAAAAAGCUCGAAAGUUUAUUCAAGAAGUGCUUUGGUUGCCAAACGAUCUGAAAGAGACAACAAAACAUCUACUUCAACUUCUUCGAGUAUAUCUGACAAGAGAAUACGUAGAAACAUGGAUUAUUCUAUAACUAAACUUGAAAAUAAUAAACAUCAUUUGGAAUCAAGAGUUAAAACAGUGAUUAAAACUGAACGUAGAUCAGAACAAAAAACAUCAAUUCAAAGUGAUGCUAUAAGUAAUAGGUACCGUUUUAGAAAUGAUAGCAGUGAGAGACUUUUAUCGCCACUUCCAAAUCAAAUUGUUAAUUAUCGUGACGAUGAUUAUCGUAGUCGUUCAACAACUCCACGACCCAGAACUCGAACAGAUGUAACACAAGUUCCAAUUAACCCCACUUUACGUUCAUUUAGUCCAACACCGAACCGUCCUAAACCAGACUAUUCCAAAGUAACUAGUGUGUAUGCUCAGACUAGAACAUCUCAAAAAGUUACUGCUGAAAGGAGGGUGGAAAAAGUAAGCACCAUUAAAACUAAAAGAGAAAAAAGAGUCACUGAUUCACCAAUUGAUGAUGCUCAACGCAAACGAUUAAUAACGCCAACUCCAACAACAAUGCAUAGGUAUAUGCAACACACAUUAUCCAGCAGUAUGCAUGUUGGUAGUAUCUCAAAAAUUAUAAAAGAUGAAGCUUCAACCACUCCACCAAUGCAGAGGUCUCCUAUACCAACUCAAUACCUUCAGAAAAGUUCUGCUAGUUUAAAAAAAGUAAAAUCAGCAAAGGAUGAACAUUUUAUUUUAAAUGAAAAAAACAAACUUAACAAAAAUAAAAUGACAAAUUUAAGAAAAAGUACAAGUGAUAGUAAAGAAUCUUUGAAAGGAAGAAUUUCAAAUUUAAAACGUGGUUCUGAAAGUGACAGCAAAGAAUCACUUAAAAGUAUUGAUAAAAUAUAUCCAAAAUCUAAGAAAAUAGAAAACAAACAGACUGUAGCUUACAUGAAAGACACGUCAAGAGAACGAAAAGUAAUACAACAAAAUACUAAUAAUAAAAAUGCAUAUAAAAAGGAGAAGAUCGUAAGAGAUUUAAAGAUGUCAGGCGUGCGCACUUUCCGAAGUACUUCACAUGAGAGUUCGAUAAUAACUGAUAAUAAAAUGGCAAGCUCUGAACAAAAGCAAGUACAACGUUCCAAAGUUCCCAUCAGCACGUCUUCCACAACUAAGCCUAAAACCAAAGUUAACAAAAUAGAUGAAAAUAAAAAAACCGUAAUUAAACCUCAAUUAGAUAAUAAGAAAAAAUUAAAACAUAGUACUAGCGAAGUAGAAAAAUCUAAAGAAAAAAUCAAAUCAACAUAUGCGGCUGACGCUAAAGUACAGAAAAAAACCAAGAACUCUAUUAAUGAAUCGUACAUUAAAGAUAGCAGUAGCACCAGUAGAAGCAGUUCAUUAACAAGUACACAGAAGACGACGGUACGAAGUGCUAUUAGUAAAAAAUCGGAUAAGGAAAUACUAAAUGUUAAGUUAGCAGAAAAGAAAUCAAGCACAACAACAACAACAACUGCAACUUCAGCCACAACAGCAGGUCGUAUCUCCACUAUACGAGCUAGAAAAGAACCGGUUGCCUCAACAGCUAUUGUUAGCACGAUUAUUAUAGAUGAUGACUCUGAUGUAAAUAGAUCAGUCAAGUCGAACGAUAGCACAAAAAGCUCUACCUCCUCAUCUGGUGGCAGUAGAAAAGUUAUAACAAGUGAAGUCUUUACGAAAACAUUUGGACCAGAUAAACCAUUUGAAGUUAUCUACCGUCAACCAGAUACAGAUACGAAUAUGACUGUGAUUCGUCCACCAUCAAGUGAACAGCGUUGUAUAAGUGAAUUUGAUGUCAGUUUUAUUGACACCACUGAUUCGAGUCUAUCAGACUCUGUAGCAUUACCGAUGUUUAAUACCGAUCAAGAUCGUUUAUUAGCUGCAAGUCCAGGUUCACCAAAACCUACACGUAGUCCAUUCGCACUUAUUGAAGAAACUAUACGUAGACAACAAACUACUGGGUUGGCUUUAGACCCCUCUUCAACAUUACAGCUCGAGGCUGGUAGCUAUGUUAUAGAAGCGGAGACUGCUCUACAGCAUACGGAAGUAAAAAUUCAAAAGAGCAAAACCGAAGUGAAUAAAGAAAUACAAAAAGUAACACAUGACUUAAAGCAUCUUCCAGAAGAUCUGAAAAUAACGAUUUCACCAACAAAAGGCGGUGAUAUAUAUGAUGAUUAUGAUGAUGAUAAAUCAGAUAUUGACAAUGAUGCCCAAUAUGAUGAUGAUGAUGACGAUGAUGAUGAUGAUAGUAAACAGAGUGAUAUUAUUAGCUUACGUUUAGAUGAUGAUGAUACUGGUACAGAUUCAUUAAUACGUAAGGAAGCCACAAUUUUUAUUGAUAAAGUAUUGGAAGACAGUGUUAAUAUAGUAAAUGAUCAACAAACGGAACCACAAAAUGGUUCAGAUUCAAUUAAACAUGAAUAUAAUUCGGAAAUUGAAAACUAUGCGAUUACAUGUGAUGAUGUUGGUGGCUUAGAUGUCAUCAAAUCACCAACUAUUGAAUCAAUAUCAGGCAAAUCAUUCGAUGAUAAUAUGAGUUUCACGGAUGAACAUGUGCAACUUAAUUUUCCUACCAGUAGUCAGAAAUCGAGUAUUACUUCUUCAAUUGUGAUGCCAUUGAGACAAGAUAACUUUUUCGAUGAUUUACUAGAUACAGAUUUAAUUACAACAAAUACAACUACUCUUACAACUACUACAACAACAAAUGUUGAUCAAAAUACAACUAUUACGAAAACACAAGUCAUGUUCACAUCUUCGGAAAAUGGUGACUCUUUAACAACAACUGAGGAUCCCAAUGUUGUUAAAACGCGUCGUAUUGAAAGAAAGUUUGAAAAAAUAUACUCAAAUAUCGAUGAUUUAGAUGAGCAAGCUGCGCAAUUCGAUGAAAGUUUUGAUGCAGCAGUGCAGGAGGAUGAGAUAAGUAAUUUACAAGGCGAUUUUUCAAAAAUGAGUUGGGAUGACAGUAUGUCACCGAACACAAAUACUCUAGGUGAUGUUGGCCAAAAUACGCCUGAUAAUGAUAUUCAAGAAAUAACAACAGAAGCGAGCGGUGAAAUUGACCAUUCAACUGAUACCACUCCUGUGCCAUUCUCGGCGGUUGUGCCCAAAAAUGAUUUACCUAAACCAAAACCACGAUCUGUUGUAGCCACUUCUCCCAUUAGUGAAUUUGAUGACAACUUGUUAACUUCAACACAGGAACAAAUCACUACAGAACCAUUACUGACUUCAACUGUCGAUGUAACAAGUGAAAGCUCAGUAUCUGCACCAGUGCCAGUUCCGAAACCACGUUCACAGUUAAAACAGACGGAUUCAUACAAAAAUUUGGCAUCCUUAGCUGAACAGUCAGACAGUAUUAGUUUACGUAGUUUGGAGUUUACAGAAGAUAUAUCUAAAACAGAUGAACCGUCUACAGAUAUAUCUAUACGUUCACAACGUGACAUGCACACAACUGAAACAGAAUCGUUUGAACCUACCAGCGAGUCAGUAGAUGAUGUUGAUACCGAAAAAUCUGACCAAGCAGAUGGAAAAACAACUAGCUUCUAUAUAGGAGAGUCUAGCCGAAAUGUGAUUGUAAAAACCACACCUACCAAAUCAACCAGUGAAUUUAUAACUGAUGCAAAUGACGCUAUGCAAGCCACAAUUGAAGCCAAAGAUAUCUCCUUAAUGAAGGAAGUUUCAGUAGAUUCUGAUGAAAAUAAUGAUGUAUUUAAAGAAUAUGUCACUAUGAAACGAGAUCAAGAAGAGUAUGGAAGUAAAUUGAUUCGUCAAAGUUCAGAUACCAGAAAUGAUUUACUAGAACAAGAAUCGGCUGAGAGUAAACAAUCUAAAGAUGCUUUAGAAAAAUCAGUAGAGAGCACUAAGCUAACAAGCACAGUCUCAACUGAUGAUUCAAUAAAAGAAAUUUCUGAAAUAUCACGCACAGACUCACAGGAAUACACAGUAUCUACAAUCAUUACUGAAUCACUUGAUACGGUUCUUACGGACAAAGGUUAUACCUCAGUAGAAAAGAGUGAACUUGAAACGCUUGAAAAGGAAAUUCCAUUAUUUCAAAGCAAAUGCAAAGUAAUACAUUCCCCACAAGAUUUACAAGUUUCUGCUGAAGAACCUAUGUAUAAAUCUACAGUUGAAAUAUCUUCUGCAGAAGCGCAGUUAUCAUUAGAUUCUGCAAGUGAUUCCUUAAAAGAUAUAUCAAAAGACAUAGAGAUGGCAACCGAAAUUAAAACUGUAUUAGCGUCCAAGGAAAAAGAACCAAGCACAAGUGCAUCAAUCGAUACAGCGAAACUUUCUUAUGCUUCAAUGCAGGAAGAAGAAGAUAUAUCUUCAUUUAUUGGUAUACCAGACAAAGUACAAGAAGGCAUCGAAAAACCAUUUGACACUCUACAACAAACUGAGGGACUAUUUGAGGGUACUGUAAGAGAAACUCUGAAUCGUGAGGCAGUUAUGGCACACUACGGUAAAGAUGUGUUCAAUAAUUUGAAACCUGAGACCCUUGAUGAUCAUGGUUCUCUGGGUUUUGUAUCAACUGGAACUGGCGAAGAUUAUAGUUCAUCUGAAGAACAUGCUGCUAAAGAAGAACAUGCAUCUCUAGGCUUUAUUUCAACAGAAACAGCUGAAGAUUUCAGUUCUAUGGAAGAUUAUUAUCAAGAAAAAAUGGUAAAGGCUAAUAUUUUAACUGAAGAAGCUACUACACAGAAAAGUUCAAGCAGUAGUACAUUUGAAGAAAUAACUUCAGAUCAAACAAUGAAACCAUUUGACGUAGUAAUACAUCGUGUUAAAACUGAAUCAUCAACAGAUACCACAAAUCGUUGGUCAGUGCCAGAGAUUGAUCAAUCAAGUUCAAGUGAAAGUUAUUACAAAAGUUUUGAAAAAUCAGAAAGUCGUCCUUUAUCAUCAGAUAUAGAAAAUUUAUUAACUCAACCAAACUCUUCGGAUUAUCAAACAGCUGCCGAUGCCUCCUCAACGUUUAGAGAAACAACAGAAUAUGUGAGUGCAGUGAGUUCAUUUAGUAGCAGCGGUAAAACUAUAAGUUCUCACGAAAGUAUGAGAAGUUUGGAUUCACAAUCGGAAACCUCUGCAUAUUUAGGUAGCAUUGACGUUUCAGAAUUAUCCGAAACUCUAGUUGCUUCUUCCACUGAAGCAGAUGCAUUGGAAGCAGAAGAAAUCGCACGUUUGCGUGACUUACAGGCUGAUGAUGAAGACAGUACAGAAAGUUUAGAUAUGGAUGCUGCUGGAUACCCCAUCGGUGCAAAGCAAAGUUUAAUGAAACGUUCUCAAGAAAUGAUAUUCAAACCAAAAGCUGAAGAAAUUACUAAGCAGGAAGUUCAGGUGGAAACGGUGAAAGUUGAAGAAUUUCCAAAACCAAAAGAAGUUGAGAAAACAUGGGGACUUGCUUAUCCUAUGGAAGAAGUAAAAUCCGAUGAUCUUAAAGAUAUGGAAAGAACUGAAGAUAUAUUAUUAUAUCAUAGCGAUUCAAGACACUCCAUUGAUGAGGCUAAGCUUGCAUCUAGUUUGGACGACGGAAGUAUACUUUCUGUUAGUAUGUCCAGUACAUCUAAUAUCGAAACAGUUGUUGAAAACUUUGAGGAUAUGGUUGGUUCUGUUGGUUCUUCUUCUUUGACUGGAGUAGAUGGUUUUCAAUUUUCACAUGAUGAUCCUGUUUCUUCAUAUCCAGAUGAACCAUUUAUUAUGGAAAUGGAGAGCAAAGAUCAAUCACCUCAAGAUUCAACUGCUACAACACCACCUGGUGAGGCUCGAAAGCGUGGUCAUAAACGCAGUGAGAGCACAUCAAUUACUGGAGAAACAUUAAAAAAUUUGACUGAUAAUGAACUACAAAUAGUGGGCGAAAAUAAAGAAUCGGAAAGCGAAUCUGAUACUGAUCCGUAUGAAUCAGAAUACGCCCGACAAUUCCGUUCACCAAAUGAUAGAAAAGCAAAAAAGAAAAAACAGGCCGCUGCUGAAAUGGAUCACAGUUUUGAAGCAGAAAAGAGACCAUUCACACCAUCUCAACUGGUCGCUGAGGUUAUUGUGGAAGAUGCUGCAACGGAGGAGUUAGAAGCAGAGCAAGCUAUGAUCGAAGAAAGGAGACCAUCACAAAAUAUGCAAGAUUAUUCUAAUAUACCAGAUAUAACAGUGACAGAACAUACGCAAAAAUCACCGAUACUGGAGGAAGAAACAGAUAAGUUUGAAGAAAAAACGCUAUACAAAAUGAAAACACAAGAAGAGUUAAAUAAAGCAGCGGAUGUGCCACUAUAUCAAAAAUCUCGCACUGAAUUAGAAGAGGAAAACUUUCAGAAAUUAGUGCAAGAGCAAUAUAAACAAAAAUUGGCAGAACUGCAGCGAGCACAAGAUUCAGACUACGAUGAAAAUAAAGCACCCGACUCGCCGGAUUCUUUCGAAAUGGUAGACCAACCUGAUAUAUCAGAUGAAUUUGUGAUUAUUGAAGAAGUAGCUAAAGAAGCAAAUGAAGUUGAUUUGGGUGGUAAAAGUAUAAAAAUAAAAUCAACCAAAUAUGAAUCGAAACAUGAUGAAGAUGUAGAAAAAAUAAUAAUAAAGUCUGCACCUGCUGACCCCAAGCUUGGUUCACAAAUUUAUCGAGAUGAUUUGAAUUUUGAGUUUGAAGAAAGUCCUCCGACAGCUGGAAGUAGCAGUGAUCAACAAGAUGAGAGUGAUUCCGGUGAAAGCGCGGCGGCUAACAAACGUUGGGUAGAAAUGCAGUUGACUGAUGCGCAAUUACGAUAUCCAUAUGAUAUAACCGGUGGUGUGCUUGAAGAUAUCAAAGAAGAAGAUGGAGAAUUCGAAGUUGGCAGCAGUCGCAUUAGUAGUUUUAAAGAUUCAUUUUCUAGCACACCUGAAUAUGAUGUCUUAGCGGCUCGUCGAUACUUCUCACGUGGAGAACAUGAUGACAUAUCUAUGAGCAGUUUGCAAGAAUUUGAGUCAUUGGAGCAAGCAAUAUCGUUGGAAAAUCGUAAUAAAACUCAUCAAGGUUCCACAGAUUCAAGUAAUGGUAGUUUUACGAGGCGUUAUAUUGUUCGUCAUAGCGGCAGUGGCAAUGCACAAGGAGAUGAUAUUUCCAUAUCUAGUUUAAAAGAAUUUGAAGGCUUGGAAAAUGCAUGUAUCGAAGCGCAUUUAAUAGAAAUAAAAGCUAAGGAAGAGGCGGCAUUACUAUCACGUUCCGAUGAAUCGAAUAAAUCGAAUGGAAGCGAUCGUGGCAAUGGCGUUUCUAAUGUUGUAGUCACCAAAGUCACACGAACCGUUACCCACACGGAAGCAGCACCUGGACAACAAAAUAUUGAGGCAUUAUUAAAAGAGAAACUAAAUAAAUGUGAGCGAAAGGAUAAUGUGGUUAUUACAGAAAUUUCUACCGAACCACUGGAUUUAAAGUCUACAAAAAUUGAUCCACUUGAUUCUGAAAAAGGUAGUGUAGAUAGUUUAGAAAUUAAUAAAAGCCUUGAUGUGAUGACUAGCAGCUUAGAUAGUUUUGACAUUUCAAAAGAUGCUACAACACGUUCCGACGUCGAUUCAUUAGAAACUGAUAAAAAACCUCCAACACGAGAAGAAAGCAUUGAGUCCAUUGAGAAUGAACAAAUGGAUGUAAUGUCAAAAAUUGUGAGUAGUGAUGGUUUAACCACAACUACGAAAACAACAACGACAAGCACUGAUGCUGAUGGCGUCGAGCAUACUGUUACACACAUAACAACAAUAACAACUCUGACCGGUGAUGGAGGGUCAAUGGAUGGUUCAAUAGAACAAAUGCCAAAAGAUGCUUCAAUUGAUUCAUUAUGCAUUGAACAGACAACGAGCUCAGCGGGCACUACGGCAACUUACCAAACUAGUGCAGGCAAUUCACAAAUGUCAGGUAGUGUAACGAGCUGCGCUUCAAGCACCUUAAUGGAAGACUCAUACCCGGCAGCUAUGUCUACGUCAACAAUGUCCGGUAGUCAUUGGAUGUAUGAAGACAAUGAACGGAAACAAAUGGAUGAUGAAGACAAAAAGCAGCAAACACAGCACUAAAAAUUAUUUUAGAUAUAGAAAGCAAUUGCUGAAAGUACUUUAAUAAGAGAAAAUGUUUAGAUAUAAAACAUUAAACGAUUAACGAUGGACGAUAAACGACGUGAUUGUAAUUUUGGAAUUCUGGCAGCGAACAACUUUUCUACUAUUGAUACUUGAAACCGGGAAAGAAACAUCUGAAACCUUUGGCAUUUUUAGAAGACGAAUGCAUCGAAAUUUCGAAAAAUUAUUACAAUUAUAACAUUAAUUUUUCUAAAUUAAAACACAAUAAAAAUAAAUAUAUAUUAGCAUGAAUUUUAAUACACGAAACUUUUCAAAUAUACAAACUCGUACAUACAUAAAUGCAUAAAGGAAGGAGUUGAAAUAUGAAGAAAUCUUUGAUGAACUCAAUCUUAUUUUAUUAUUCAAAAUGCUAUACUUAAUAUAUGUUUGAUGUACUCUUACUAAUUGGCUUUAAUGUUUGAAAAAUUAUAAUGUAAAAAAUAAAAAAAAAAUUAUUAAUAUUAAUAUUAAAAAAAAAAUGAUAAUUAAAAAGUAAUUUGCUUAGUGAAAGAUUUUUGUGCGCAGUAUUUAUUACUUAAUAAAAUAUGUUUAUUUAUAAGAAAAAAUAUAUAAUAUAUAUU